AUGGCAGAAGAAAAGAAGUAUCCUAUAAUAUAUCGUAAAACUUAUUGUGGGUUUGCAUUAUCUAAUGCCUUUGAUUCUUUUGAAACAAAUAAUACAUCUGCUGUUUUGAGUACUGAUUUAAGAGAACAGUUUAAUGUAGAAUUUGAUAGAGCAUUUAUAGAAACGUUUCAAAACCAUGUCCAAUCAACAACACACAUUAAGGGAAGUGGGUAUUAUAAAUCAACUGAUGGAGAGUUCUGGGAAUUUACAAUUAAAAAUCCUGAAAUAAAAACUGACAACGAAAAUAUCCAACCCAAGUUAUUACAAAUAUACUCCGCUGCAAGUCAAGAAAAUAAAAAAGGAAGUAAGAAGAAGAAAUGA